GCUGACUAGGUGACGACGGGGAAGGCCUUCGCAGCUGCUUGCCUGGAAAUGGCUUGCGUAGUAUCUGUUACUAGAAGCGUUCCUGCGUGGUUCCUGUAUUUGUACAACGUACAAGACCAUGUGGGGCGCAAGAACGCUAAAUUUUCGCUUUCAAUGCUGUGUGUGUAGGUUGAGCCCAUUUUCAUGAUGCUUCUUUUUAAACUGUCCCACCAUGUCAUAUCUGUAUCUAUCUCACACAGAGGAGAGCAGUCGUUGUGUUUGUGGGAGCGAGAACGACGGGAAACUGCACUCUGCCUGCAUGGCCCUGUAUGACAACCACGAGAACGCUGAGCGAGCCGGCGACAAGAAACCCAUGGAGAUAAUCCAGCUCGUGGGUGCAAAGAUCAAGGACUGACCUACUCGUCACCCCAUCCGUUCCCAGGGGUCGCCACGGUCAGGUGGAACUCUGUUCCUGGUGAUCCAUUCCAAUAAAGUCAACGAGUUCAGAUCGGAGAGUGGAGUCCACUGGCCGAGCCUUCUCACGCUACUGACGAUGUUUCCGUACUCUGUCAUCCCAGAGGAGCCCAACCCAAUCAGCGAUGGAUUCCGGUACAAAGUGGACCCCAAGUCCCACGGAGCAGAUUCAGCAUGGACAGUGUACAUAAUGCCAGAGGAGGUGGGCUCCAGAUGCAAUAUGCUAGGGGUCCACAUUCUCCUUCUCAGAGGUGGCAUCCCUAAUCAGAGUGUGGGACAGCUCCAGAUCGUGAGUCAGUCCGACGUGGGGAAACCGAUCGUCGCAUGGGACCGAGACAAGAUGCGCAGAACGGGAAUGACGUGGAACCUCGUGUUCAUCGAGAUAGGGCGGAGGUGCCAGGGAGGGCCGGGGAUGGUGUGGAUGUAUGCAGGGCCCAAAGAGGCUUACCCUCUCAGAGAAACUCUCCACAGAUUCAUCUUCGAGGGAGAUGGUAAGGCAUUGUCCAUCCCAACCAGAGACAUAUUCGACUAUUCCAGACCACGUUACUCCGUCAACACGAGUCUCCCGUCGUCCUACAAGAGAUCCCAGUCCUCCUCCAGUUUCCAGUACAGUCAGGUGUCGGUUGGUCAAGACUCACCUAUCUCUCUCUCUCGCUCCCCGGCCCCGCCCCAAGACGUCCCUCCACCGGUACUCCUCUAUAAACACCCGUUCUUCGGUAAACAGUGUUUUGUCCCCGUGCCUCACAGCUCGCACUGUUUGGCCUCCCCGAGUGGCAGUUUCGGAGCUCCGUCCCAACAGUCAUACAGUCACUCUGUGGGCUCGUUCAAUGAUGAUAAAAUGUUUGACGAGCAAGCAAUUAAUGUCGAGACAGUCCGUGUCGCCACACGACGAGGGGUACUCUGAGGAGAAUGACAAAUCAGGGAGCAGGCAGUUCAGGAUGAAUUCUGAUUUCGGUGCAAGUAGCGACGCUCAUCAUCAUUGUGAAACUAUGCUUCCACGCGAUCAAGAGCAGCACGAAUACGAAACUAUGUGCCACCCAAGCCACAGCAGACUCCAUAAAGCUCACGAGGACUACAUCAAGAGAUUGCCGGCUUUUGUAAAGCUGACAAUUCCACAACCCGUGGUACCCAGCAAUUACGACGUUCCUCCAAUUCCACGACCCGUCGUACCCAGCAAUUACUACAUUCCACGACCCAUUGUACCCAGCAAUUACUACGUUCCUCCAAUUCCACGACCCAUUGUACACAGCAAUUACUACAUUCCUCCAAUUCCACAACCCGUCGUAUCCAGCAAUUACGACGUUCCGCCUCGAUUCUGCAAACGGAACGGAGAGUAGCCGGUUCCAUCUUCAGCCAGUCCGUCCUCAAACUACGACAAUUCUGGUCCACUCCCGACGAUUCAAGAGGCUCCGGACACACAUGAGCAACCGGAAUUCUACAAGAGCACAUCACAUCAUGUUCCAGAUUUGGCAGCAAUUAUUGUUGGUAAAAAUGAAAAAUUCUCCAAAAAAAAAAAUUUCCUACGAACAUCUCAUCUAUUCAUUCAAUUUCAGUGAUUUUGCCCAUUUA